AUGCUUGUGAUUUUCUUUUUCUAUUUGGCUGAUGGUGCAGUCAGUGGCCUAGGUUUCUGUAUGAGUAUAGCAAUCCUGGCUAGUUUGGAAUAUAUUCAAGAUGGCAUUGACUGGACAAAAGUUGAUUUUGAAGACAACCAAGAUUGUCUAAAUCUUUUUGAGAAGAAACCGUUGGGCUUACUGUCACUGUUAGAUGAAGAGUCCACCUUCCCAAAUGGUACAGACUUGACAUUUGCCAAUAAGCUAAAGCAACAUCUGAAUUCUAAUUCUUGUUUUAGAGGAGAACGAGGCAAAGCUUUCACAGUAUGCCAUUAUGCUGGGGAGUUGGAUGGAGACAACUCAAAGGUUUCUGGCCUUGCAAAAACUGAUUUAUUAACCUUAUUGGGCCAUGUUAUGUAUGACACAACUGGGUUUCGGGACAAGAAUCGAGAUUUAUUGCACUUGGAUUCCAUACAACUUCUGUCUUCUUGUACAUGCCACCUACUUCAGACAUUUGCGUCCAGUAUGCUUACUCAAUCUGAGAAGCCUGUAAUUGGUCCAUUAUAUAAAUCAGGUGGAGCAGAUUCCCAAAAGUUGAGUGUUGUGACAAAAUUUAAGGGCCAACUGUUCCAAUUAAUGCAACGUUUAGAGAACACAACACCGCAUUUCAUACGUUGUAUCAAGCCUAACAAUCUGCAAUCCCCUGGAAUGUAUGAGCAAGGACUUGUAUUGCAGCAGCUAAGAUGUUGUGGAGUCUUAGAAGUAGUUCGAAUAUCAAGAUCUGGAUUCCCAACUAGGAUGUCUCAUCAGAAGUUUGCUAGAAGGUAUGGUUUUCUUUUGUUAGACCACGUUGCAUCAAAAGAUCCCCUCAGUGUUUCAGUUGCAAUUCUUCAUCAGUUCAGUAUUCUACCUGAGAUGUUUCAAGUUGGCUACACGAAAUUGUUUUUCCGAACUGGACAGACCUUCGGUGUUUGUACUGGUUUGUGGCUUCAAUCUGACGGCGAUUUAAGCAUCUCGAGCAGUUUCUUUUGCAUUGUGGACUGUGAGUUUUGUAAUGGCAAACUUGAAUGGUGGUUGUGGUGGCGAUCAAUCCUAUAG